AUGGCAUCUGCAGCUGGCCCUCAGGGUGCCAAACUCAGCGAUGUAUUCAUUGUCAAGGGCUUACAAAGUGGGGGUGACCACAGCGGCGACUGCACAAGAACGUAUAACGACCCUAACUUAGGCAAGGCGAUACCUUACCUUGACACAUUGGAAAAAUGGUGGGAAGAUACCACGAAGCUCGUUAUGCACGCAUAUGAUGGGCUCAAGAAAGCAUGUAUUCCAUGUGGUAGCUCCAUCCUUCAAAGUGUAAUUAACUGGUUAGCAACUUUCGGUAAUCUCAAUCGGGUGGUAAACAACCGGAUGCCUGUGGGCUUUUCAAGACGUCUCUAUUGCAACACGGACUGGGCAGCAGAAACAGAAUCCGUUUUUGACGUAAACGGGGUCGAGCAAGAGAAAGUCGUGAAUGGUCAGACGGUGAAGAAGAACGUUCAUGAUCCAAACGACUUCAGCCAAGAUCCAGGAUUAUCCCAGAAAUCUGGUAGCGGAUGUAAGGGCCUCACAAUCUUAACCCUUGGGGCAACUUAUGCGUACUGGGUUCACGAUCUUAGAAGAUAUUUCUUCUUGUCUGCCAGUGAUCGCCCCCCGGGGCCAGACCCGCGGCAUUAUUGCAACCAUGGUACGCUUGCGGUAACUGAUGAUGGUAGUCUUCCGGGAACUGUCACAGUCAGCUUUUGUGAGAUUUCUUUCGUCGGUGAUUGUCAUCCGAGUCAAAACGCACAAUGCUUCCACACCUCCGACGAAUCGAGUGGCGACAGGAGGGUCCGUGACAGAAUUAUAAAACGACAACCGCGGUCAUUAACGAUGCUCCAUGAGUUCGUCCACCUGGUCCAGGGAACUUCUCUUUCUCCCGAUCAUGUGGCCGGAAUCCAGGAUUGCUAUGGCGUAGAAAAUGUUCUCAAGUCAAUAAGACUCAAAAACGACAAUAGUCACUUACCAGAAGCAUACGCAUACUUCGCUUAUGCACUCUGGCUGAGCACUGCGAGGGUCCUCAUAGACGACAACAACCCCAACGGUGGAUAUGAGCAGCUUUACGAUUGGUCUGAUGGAACAGCUAGGAAGGCAUAA